AUGCCUCGCUUCACCGUUCUCGCCUUCUGCAUCACGAUAGUGGCCGUAACCUCCGAAUUGCGUGCCAAACGUUCCCUCGGGCAAAUUGCGGCCGAAAAUGCGAUUCAUCAAGCAGAAGCCAAGAACGCUCUUCAUGCUCAGGUUUUGAAUGGGAUUCAUCAUGGACAAGGCGUGGCAGCGAUUCAUCAUGGUCAAGCGGUCGUUUUGGCUAACCAGGCCAAGAAUCAGGCUUUGAUUGGAGGUGAAGUGGCAAAGAAUCAGGCUUUGAUUGGAGGUGAAGUGGCGAAGAACCAAGCUGUGAUUGGAGCCGAGGUCGCUAAAAACCAAGCUGAAGCUGCAGUGAUCAAUAACGUGGCUAAGAAUCAAGCUAUCGUUGGAGCUGAAGUCGCGAAAGAUCAAGUUCAAGCUGGUUUGAUCAACAACGUGGCCAAGAGUGAAGCAGAGAUUGCCAAGAACCAAGCUAUCGUUGGAGCUGAAGUCACCAAGAAUCAAGCUGAAGCCGCUGUGAUCAACAACGUGGCCAAGAACCAAGCUGAAGUCCUGAAGAACAAAGCUCUCAUUCCAGCUGUCGUAGCCUACAAUCAUGCCAACAUUGCUAAGAACCGGGCCAAGAUUGGAGCCAACAUUGUGAAGAACCAUGCUGAAGCCGCUGUCAUCCACAAUUUGGCCAAGAACCAAGCUGAAAUUGCCAAGACUCAAGCCGAAGCCGCCGUGAUCAAUAACGUGGCCAAGAAUCAAGCCCUGACCGGAGCUGUUGUGGCCCACAACUUGGCCAAGAACGAAGUGAACCAGGCCAAGAUUGGUGCUGAGGUUGUGAAAAACCAUGCUGAAGCCGCCGUGAUCAACAACGUGGUUAAGAACGAAGCCAAUGUGGCCAAGAACCAAGCGAUCGUUGGAGCUGAAGUGGCCAAGAACCAAGCCGAAGCGGCCGUUAUCAGCCACGCCGCCAAGAACCAAGCCCUGACUGGAGCUCUGUUAGCCCAAAAUUUGGCCAAGGUCAACGCGGCCAAAGCCCACAACCAAGUCGUCGUGAACCAGGCCAAUGCUCUCACUUAUGGAUAA